AUGUUGAAGUACAGUUCACCUCUUCCUGUGACCUGGGCAGAUGAAGGGAAAUCACCUCCAACACACCUGGUGCUGUUAUACUUGGCUCAGUGUAUCAGUACUAGUUUACCUGUACCAGUUUACCUGUACCAGUUUAGCUGUACCAGUUUACCCGUACCAGUUUACCCGUACCAGUUUAGCUGUACCAGUUUACCCGUACCAGUUUACCCGUACCAGUUUAGCUGUACCAGUUUACCCGUACCAGUUUACCCGUACCAGUUUACCCGUACCAGGCUACCUGCACCAGUUUACCUGUACCAGUUUACCCGUACCAGUUUACCCGUACCAGUUUACCCGUACCAAUUUACCGGUACCAGUUUACCCGUACCAGUUUACCCGUACCAGUUUACCCGUACCAGUUUACCCGUACCAGUUUACCCGUACCAGUUUACCCGUACCAGUUUACCCGUACCAAUUUACCGGUACCAGUUUACCUGA